CGAGCAUUCUCUGCGCCGACAGCAUGUUUACGUCGCGUGUCACUGCUGCAGGAAUGCCGUGUACCCAACCCACGGUCCACUCUUUGGGCUGUCGACUGCGGAGAUGCUGAUGACAUAACAGCGAUUAGCGCGCUGCUGCUGACAUAAUCCCGCUCUAGCGCGCGUUCGGCGAAACGUUGGCUCCGGCGUCGCGGACAGCUUGACAUCGCCGACAUCACCGCCUUCACCAGCACCCGUUCGCUUUACCAUCCUGCCGCCAUCUCCACCGGCCCGGACCUCCGCUGCCUACCCGCCGCACCUGCAGCUCCAGCUUGCCAGCCAGCACACAUUCACCCACCAACCACUCGCCUCUCCCUCCCAAACACCGCCGCCGGCGCCCGCCACCACCAUGGCGCUCGACACCUUCUUCCAUAACAAGAUCGAGUCGAUGAAGCUCGAGAUCAUCCAGGGCCAGGCCAAGCUCCGCCGUCUGGAAGCCCAGCGCAACGACUACAACUCGCGCGUGCGGUUACUGCGGGAAGAGCUCGGCCUGCUCCAGCAGCCGGGGUCCUAUGUUGGUGAGGUCGUGAAGGUCAUGGGCACAAAGAAGGUGCUCGUCAAGGUACAUCCGGAAGGCAAAUACGUCGUCGACAUCGCCGACAACGUCGACAUUAGCAAACUCACAGCCGGCAAGCGCGUCACCCUCCUCAGCGACUCGUACAAGCUCGAGAAGCUGCUGCCGUCCUCUGUCGAUCCGCUCGUUUCGCUCAUGAUGGUUGAGAAGGUGCCGGACAGCACAUACGACAUGAUCGGUGGUCUCGACCAGCAGAUCAAGGAGAUCAAGGAGGUCAUCGAGCUGGGUCUGCAACAUCCAGAGCUGUUCGAGUCACUUGGCAUUGCGCAGCCGAAGGGUGUCCUGCUGUACGGUCCGCCAGGAACAGGAAAAACGCUCCUUGCACGAGCAGUAGCUCAUCACGCCGACUGCAAAUUCAUCCGUGUUUCAGGAAGUGAGCUGGUGCAGAAGUACAUUGGUGAGGGUAGCCGAAUGGUCCGAGAACUGUUUAUCAUGGCUCGAGAACACGCGCCCAGCAUCAUCUUCAUGGACGAGAUCGACAGCAUCGGGUCAAGUCGUGUUGAAGGAAGCUCAGGCGGCGACUCCGAGGUGCAGCGUACCAUGCUGGAGCUGCUCAACCAGCUGGACGGCUUCGAGCCCACGAAGAACAUCAAGAUCAUCAUGGCAACCAACCGUCUCGACAUCCUGGACCCCGCCCUGCUACGACCCGGACGUAUCGACCGCAAGAUCGAGUUCCCCCCGCCCACCGUCGAGGCGCGUGCCGACAUCCUGCGCAUCCACUCGCGAAGCAUGAACCUGACGCGCGGCAUCAACCUGACCAAGAUCGCCGAAAAGAUGAACGGGUGCUCCGGCGCCGAGCUGAAGGGUGUCUGCACCGAGGCCGGCAUGUACGCGCUGCGCGAGCGCAGAGUGCACGUCACACAGGAGGACUUCGACCUGGCGACCGCCAAGGUGCUGAACAAGCACGACGACAAGGCCGUCAGUCUGGGCAAGCUGUGGAAGUAAGCGCGGCCGCGAGGCGGGUCGUGCGUGCUUC